AACAAUUUAGUGCUGCGGCCGUGGAAAUUGUUCGAGUGUUUGUGGUGAUCUAGAAAGGACUGUGAAAACGGUUGUCCCUUGCAUCAUGUCCGCCAACUCGAUUUUGCUGGAUUUUUCCCUGGACCCCGCCCGGAUUAUCGACGAAGUUUCCCGCAAGGAUAUUGUGCGGAUGUGCAAAGAGAAUCUGGAGAAAUAUCUCACUGCACUGAAAAUCUGUUACGACAUGCUCACGGCCGAUGGUUAUCUGUGCAUCCUCAACGAAACCGGCACCGGUACUAUCGUAACGAUCCGGUUCUUUGAACAAGGCCUGAUAACGAUCAACGUCGAAUACUACCGGAAGGAUGGCGAUGAACCGAAGAUAUCCUUUGAUAACAUGAAAACGCUAGAGAACGGUUUACGCAUCAGAUUAGAGGCAAAACGGUCCAAGCACCUUCCACCAAUAAAACGAGGCAGUAACGUUGACGUUUACUUAACAAGCUCAGACGAGCGUGUCAUCGAGUACGACAUCGAUAGGGUGCUUUUCGAUAAGCGUUCCGAUUUCCAGAAGAUCCAAAUCGUGCACUCCAAAAGCCUCGGCAAUAUGCUAGUGCUGGAUGAAUUGCAAAAUAUUGCCGAAGCGGAUCUUAUCUACACCGAAACGCUGAUGUGUCGCGGUGCUGAAAAUUAUGCCGGCAAAGAGAUCUGCAUUCUUGGCGGUGGCGAUGGAGCUCUGUUGUACGAGCUGCUAAAGGAAGGCCCGAAACACGUGGUCAUGCUUGAAAUCGACGAAAUAGUCAUGCAGGCAUGCAAUAAGUACAUGAACUCAAUUUGUGGCGAUGUACUGGAGAAACGUACGGAUGAGAACUACGAGAUCAUUGUCGGGGAUUGCAUGGUUUACCUGAACAAGUACAUCAAAGAGGAGCGCAAGUUCGAUUACGUAUUCGGUGACUUGACUGACAUUCCGAUCUCCGACACCCCAACUGGUGAAAUAUGGGACUUUAUUCGGUUGAUCCUGGAAUGCUCCUUUCAGGUGCUGAAGCCGGAUGGAAAGUUUAUGACCCAUGGAAAUGGUGUCAGCUGCCCGGAGUCACUCCGCAUGUACGAAGACCAGCUGGCAAAGCUAACGCCAAAGGUAUCGUUCACCAAAAGCACGGCUUUUGUGCCAUCGUUUAUGGAGGAGUGGGUUUUCUAUCAGGUACAGCGUGAGGUCGCUAACGCCACCGAAAGCGUUUGACUUUGUUCCUUCACUACCAACGCCACCGGUUGUGAUCGAACGUUGCAAUCGUUGACAGCGACAGCACGUGGCGUGUUCCUUCCGCAAGCAAUGGUUCGGUCAAGCAUUAUUACGUCUAGCACCAAAAGCGUGAAAUUACGAUAGCAGCACAAUUACGAAAAGACAGGCCAAAACGGCGCUAGGUUUACAUUACGAAACUACUUGAAUACAAAGAAAUACAGGUUAGCUAGAAAGGAAACUAUACGCUCGAAAUGGAAAGCAAUGCUUAACCAAAGUUUGCCCAGAGAGAUAAACCAAGGAGAAAACCAAGAGAUGAUAGUGUAGAAGUAACUUCCAUCUUCCCAUCUUCCUCCUGCAUUCACUUAGACAGUGAUAGCAAGCUUAAUAGUUAAAAAUUGACAAUUAUAGUCCUUUUUGCCAGUAGCGAAUAGCGCGAUUAUCUAGUAAUCUCAAGUCACUGCUCCGGAGAAGCGGAACCUUUGCGCGUAGUGUAACUGAUGUCAUAUUAAUUUAUAAUUCAUCAAUCACGAUCUGAACGUGACUUGUAUUGUUAUAUUCUUCCGUACGCCACGCGUACACGCGUAUCGCAAGGCAGAUACCGUACUAGUGUAUGCACAAUUUGUAGACUCUUAUUUUUGCUUCGAACAUCAUCCUUAACCAACUAUCGAAUUACGCGAGGCAUAUAGUCGUUGGGUGUUUACGCGUUGUUGGUUACAUGCUUGCGGCAUGAUGAGCGCUAGUUUUAGUUUAGAUACGUGUUUUUUUUUCUUUAGUUUAUUUUAAUGUUGACUUUUCAGUUUAAUGUACUUACGGAUCGAAUGAUGAUCAUGUUGCUACACGCUGCUUGGUAGGAUGCGAAAUGAAAGCGUUUGAAUAGUGUACUAGCCGUGACAACUAUUUAACGUAGAUGCGAAACAUAGAAAGUUGCUCGAACAAAUUGCCAUUAAUAAAAUCUAAAAGAAUUGUCGAAAAGCGGAUUGUGUGUUGUUAGCAUUGAU